UCCUGGGCGGGGGCAGUGCUGGGGAGGGUCCAUGCCCGUGGCAGACCUGGGGACACAGUGUGGCCCUGCUGUGGUGGGUCAUUAUUUUCCCUGCUGACUUGACAUCCUGGCUGCACAGAUUUUCUGCUGGAGUUGCAGAUUGUUCCCCGUUUCCUGGGAGUGUGCUCAGGCUCUCUCUAGCACGCUGCUUUGGGAUUAUUUUUUGCCACAGUUCUCAGGGAUCUGGUGUCUCAUGUCAGACCCUUUGUGGCUACUUUGUCCUCUCUCCUGGGCUUUGGUGGCUCUUGGGGCUGGGAGUGAUGGGUUGGGUGAUGCCAGAAGGAGCCCGGCAUGCCGUACCUGGAUCGACAGAACCGGAUCUGCGGCUUCCUGGACAUCGAAGAAAAUGAGACCUGUGGCAAGUUCCUGCGGAGGUAUUUCAUCCUGGACACCCAGGCCAACCACCUCCUGUGGUACAUGGACAAUCCUCAGAACCUGGCCAUUGGAGCAGGUGCUGUGGGAUCUCUGCAGCUGACCUAUAUCUCCAAGGUCAGCAUUGCCACCCCGAAACAGAAGCCUAAAACUCCGUUCUGCUUUGUUAUCAACGCUCUGUCCCAGCGCUAUUUCUUGCAAGCCAGUGACCAAAAGGACCUGCAGGACUGGGUGGAGGCGCUGAACAGGGCCAGUAAGAUCACGGUGCCAAAGGGCGGCAGUGUCCCACCGGCCACAGAAAUCACAAAGCCUCCAGUGGUGCCCCAGGCCCAGGAGAGGAAGCCCCAGGUGGCCUACAAAACCGAGAUCGUUGGGGGGGUAGUGGUCCACACACCCAUCUCCAUCAACCAGGACGGCGGCGAGGGCGGCGAGGUGUCCGCGCACCCUCUGCUGCGGCGCUCGCAGAGCUACAUCCCCCCGUGCGCCGCCCGCCCGCCCGCCGGGCCACCCCCGCUCAAGAGCGGCUUCUGCGUCAAGCAGGGCAACGUGAGGAAGAGCUGGAAGCGGCGGUACUUCGUGCUGGAUGAGUUCUCCAUCAGUUACUACAAGUGUGAGCAGGACAAGGAGCCUUUGCGGUCGAUUCUCUUGAAAGAUGUUUGCAAGACCCACGAGUGCCUGGUCAAGUCUGGUGACCUCCUGAUGCGAGACAACCUCUUUGAAAUCAUAACGAGCUCCAGGACCUUCUACAUCCAGGCAGACAGCCCCGAGGACAUGCACAGCUGGAUCCGGGCAAUCACAGGGGCAGUCCAGGCCCUGAAAACCCGGCCCAGGGAGAUGUCCUUUGUGAGAUGCACGGCCAGGCCCGGGGGCUCCUCGGCGCCCUCGCAGCCGCGGCCACCGGCGGAGGAGCGGAGAGCCCUGUGCAGGGGCCCCUCCACGUCCUCCUGGCAGCCCUGGACGCCGGUGCCGCGGGCAGAGGGGCAGCGGCCGGCGCUGGGGCAGCUGCCAGCCCCGCUCGGGGUCUCGGUGCUGGGGCUCACGGAGCAGGAGGGCACAGCCACCCCUGGCACGCGCCUGAGGCACCGCUCGGAGCCGCAGCAGCUCAAGGAGAAGCCGUUCGCCUUUGACCUGGAUGAUGAAAGCAUCCGGACCUCUGACGUCUGAGCGGGCACCAGACACCCCCGGCUCCACGCGCUGCCUCCCUGCCUGCCGGGACACCUGUGGGGGGGUCCGGGGGAUGCCAGGGGGUCCCUUCCCUCCAGCACGGCCCUUCCCUGCCAGGAGGAUCCAUCUGGACCCACAUCCUGAUGCCCUGCUCUGCAGGCAGCGGGGUCCCUGGCUGCUCCUGCCCAGGCUUGGCCCCAGUGGUUCCAUGUCUUGUAAGGUGCUUGGGCACUGCUGGUGCUCACUGUGCAGGGCAGGAGAUGCUGGGGACCUGUAUGAGGGGACAUCUUCUGCAAUUGCAUCAUUUCCCCCACAAACCAGGCCUGGAGGAAGUGGCAGAGGUCUUGGAGGCGUGAGGGAGAGUGUGGCCUUUCUUGUGUUUGUACAAUGUUUCUCCUUUGAUGCUGCUCAGAUUCCCCGGAGCAGAGCUGGGACACACCAGCCUGCAGCUGUCCACACAGGGGCUCACUGCAGCUUCCCCUUACAAUGACUUAUUCCCUCAGAGACCAGCUCUUCCCACUGCCCACACAAGGGUUUAUCAGCAAUCUGUGGCUUUUAAUUGUCUUUUUAUACCUGUGGCUCCUGUUGAACCCCAGCCUGGGCAGGUGCUCAACUCCUCCAAAGGCUUUUGGUACUUCCUGAGCACGAGCCAGGGCAGGCAGCUGGGGUGACAGUGGCUCCCAGGUGGGAGCACCCUCAGGUAAGAUGUUGGUUUUGCACUCACACACCUGGGCACAGAUAAGCCGUGCCAGAUGGUGAAGGGCUUUUGUUACAAAGCAAUGAAUUCCGAGCACCUGAUGGAACUGAGCGGACCUGUCCAGCCAACUCACCCACUGCCUGCCCGAGAUGGAAACCAGCAGGAGUUUCUAGAGCAAUGUGAAAUCGUCAUUUCCAUAACCAAAUGAGCUCCUGUAGGUGUGAUAAAUAGUGUGUAGGAAAUCCAGGUGUUCCCUUGGCAGAGACAUUGUCUGAUACCUUCACCCUGCAGGUGUGUGCAAUCCCCGGGGGCCGAGCAAGAGCCUCUGCUUCCCUUUCACUUCCCUGGCCAUGACACGUCCUCUGCUCUGCAAGCUCAGCCCAGUGUGUUCCCCAGGAGCAGAGCAUCUGGCUUGUCCCAGCCCUUUUGGGGCUUCCAGCUGUUUGACAGCUGUGCCUCAGUCUCAGCCUGAGCCUUGAUUAGCCUGACUGACCUUAAUGCAAUUCCAGUUGUACUUUCCUGCCUCAGUCCCAUGGGCCCAGUGGGGCUGCUGCAGGAUGGACACAGCAGAGGUACCUCUGUGCAGCUGGGGGAGGCAGGAAUGGGGUCCCCCAAGUUCAGGGGGAAGAGGGUCUCAAAGGGGAUUGCAUGGAGAUGCUGGAGAACACAGAGACCGUGAAAAUGAGUGGGAAUUGAUGCAAACGGUACAAGGCGAAUGUUAAUAUUAUUUAAUUGUAGCUACCUAGAUCCUGCCAUUCCUUUUUCUGCUCCUUUUUGCUUUAUUUGCACUAGAGUUUGAAACUUUCAUUUUUUAGGCUGACUUGCUGUUUGGCUCCUAACAGUAUUUCAGGAUUGUUUUAGCAGUUUGGUAAGCCCAUCCAUCAGAGGGUCCCAACGCUUGCUCACAGCGUUCUGAUCUCAGUUUUGGAGAGCAGGGAAUGCAGAGGGAUGAUGUUCUUUAGUGCAAGGCCAUGGAACCACAGACUUCUGAGUAUUCCUGGUGCUUGAUAAUUGCACAGUUUCCUCAGGCCUGGGAAGGUAAAGCAGAGGCUUGUUGCACAAUUAAGGUUAAUUAUCCAGGAGCAGAAACUACCAGUGGCUCCAGCACUAUUGCAACAUUCCUCUUGCUCAUUCCCACCCUCCCGCAUCCCCAGGACAGCAUAAAGGCUGAAGGUGAGGUUCCAGUAAGUGUGGAGCUCAGUGGGGCUCCAGAGCCAUCCAUUACACAGGUGGUGUUGGGAGGGAGGGAUUUCCCUCCAGUUCCAGGGCUGGGUGGGUGCAGCCGGACCUUGAUGGAGCCUUGUGGUUAUUUUAAAGCAAACUGGUUUCCCCUCAGCCCUGCGCUCGCUCCUGGCUCAGCCGUGGGAUGGACACAGCAGCUGCUCCUCCUGCAGCGUGUGCUGUGGGGCUUUGCUGGGGCUGCUGCAGUUUUGGGGUGCCUUGUGGGGGCAGAGUGGUGGGAGAGAGGGGUUUGCUAUGCCCACAUGGUUCCAGAUGUUUCUGGAAGUGCUGGCGGGGAUUCCAAGUGCUCUUAGGGCUGGGGCCCUCGCAUGGGCAGUGUCUGUGACUCCCAGGGUGGGGGUACCUGCCUCCCACCCGGCCUGUAAAUGCUGCAAUCCCUUUCUCCCCUGUGUUUUUAAAUAAAGGAAAUCCCGAUUACUUUCC